UUGAAUGCUACGAAAUUAACAAUGUAUCAUUCACUACCAAUAAUUGCUUUAUUCGCUGCAGCCGUGAACGCAGGUCUUUUGAUCGACCUUCCGCACGGCACUAUUCAAGGUUCGGAAAUAAAGAAUGAAAAUCACACUUACUACGCUUACCGGGGUAUUCCGUUUGCUUUACCUCCUCUAGGAAAUCUAAGAUUCCAGGCUCCAAUCCCCAAUGAGCCAUGGAACGGGGUUUUGAAUGCUACGGAAAUGAAAAGUUGUUGUGUACAAAUGGAUUCCGUUGGAAAUCCGGAUAGGUUCAGCGAAGACUGCUUACAUAUUAAUGUUUAUACGCCAGCACGAAACAUUUCCGAGAAGUUGCCAGUUAUGUUAUGGAUAUAUGGAGGGGGAUUCUUGUUCGGGUGCGCAUCAGAUAUCAUUUUUGGACCAUACCCUCUUGUGGACGAAGACGUUAUAGUGGUUACUUUCAAUUAUCGUCUGGGGGUAUUGGGGUUCCUCUCCACAGAAGACAAAGUGGUUUUGGGCAACGCCGCACUGAAGGACCAGCUGCUCGCUAUGAAAUGGACUCAGAAAAACAUUGAAUACUUCGGUGGGGAUCCUGAAAAAGUUACCUUAUUUGGUCAAAGUGCCGGAGGUAUAUCCGUUGGAGCUCAUAUCGUCAAUAAGAAAUCAGCUGGACUGUAUAGGGCUGCGAUCUGUCAAAGUGGUUGUUCAUUGACAAACUUAGCACAGUUAACACAACCCAAUCCCAGGAAAGCCGCUUAUGAUAUUGCGAGAUCCGUUAAUCCAUCCAUUUCGGAGGAAAAUACGACCGACGAGGUCGUUGAUUUCCUGCAAAGUCUGCCAGUCGAUGUCUUGGUGGAUGCAUUUAAAACAAAUCCCAUAGUGGGACCAAUAGUAGAAAUAGAAGACGAAAACGCCUACGUCACAGACCUUAGCUUCGGGCUCUUGGAAUCAGGCAAUUUCAAUCAGGUUCCGUGUAUAAUCGGUACUACUUCCGCUGAAUCUCUUGGUAUGGUAGGAUCAACACUCGUAUUGCUUCUAACCAGCGCUGCAACAUUCGAUUCGGGCACUACGGUAGUACCUUCAAAUCUAAAGCCUCUGCCUUUAACGAAUCUAGACGAGGUGGCAUCUUUGAUAAAAAAGUCAUACACCGGCGGUUUGCCAUUUCUGACAAAUCUUACAGGAUUCGUUGAGUACGGAAGCGAUCUAGCGUUUGUAAAAUCAUCCCUGAAACAAGCUGAAGUUCAAUCUAGUUAUUCGCCCGUAUACUUUUAUCAGUUUUCCUACUCCGGUAGCAUCAGCAAAGUGCUGCAUAUUGAGGUUGAAGGAGCUGGAAACGUAGGUCACACUGAAGACUUGUACUAUCUUUUCAAUGUGAUGGAUUUUCAAUUGACUUCCCAAGAAGAGUUGCUCACCAGAAGUAGAAUGAAGAAGCUUUGGACUAAUUUCGCGAAAUCUCUCAAUCCCACGCCGGACCCAUCGGAUCCCCUGCUCAAUGUAACAUGGCCACAAGUUUCCGGAACGAAUAUUCCGUAUCUAGAUAUAGACAAGAUCCUCGAAGUUAAACCCGGCAAAAAGAAGGUGGAAAUGGCUAUGUGGGACUACGUUUACUACACUUACGGGGAGCAACCUUUCGUAGGAUUCUGAAUAUUUAGAAACGUUUGUUGUUCUUAGAUCAUAUUUUCUAUGAAGAUCUGUAGUUUUACCAAUACUACAUAAUAAUUUAGAAGAAAUAAAAUAAAAUACGUGCAAAAAUUGCGUAGAGUGUCAAAUUCCGACUAAUAAAAAAUAAAUAACUCAU